UAAUUUCUGCUAACAACCACUUCACAAGCUUUUUCAUUCUUCUGAUUUUCCAAAGCCGCUGAACCUUUCAUAACAGUAUGACAAGUUUCAACCAUGAUUCUCUUUCAUCAGAAUCUGUUCUCAUUCCUUCAAAGCUUCAAGCCAAUCUAUCAGGAAGAGAAAUAACAGACUCAGAAGACAAAAACCUAGUACCAACACAAAUGUUGUUACCUAGGAAAAAGAACAACAUUAAAAAGGUUGUUAAGAAGAAAAGGGGAAGUAAGAGUUUAUCAGAACUUGAAUGUGAGGAACUAGAAGGGUUCAUGGACCUGGGUUUUGUUUUCUCAGAGGAAGAUAAAAAUUCAGACUUGGUUUCAAUUAUUCCUGGAUUACGAAGACUUGGGAAGAAAUAUGGAGAACAAGAAGAAGAAGAUGUUUGUGAUGAGUCUGUGAUUCAAAGACCUUAUCUUUCUGAAGCUUGGGAGGUUUAUGAGAGAGAAAAAGAGAACUCUUUGAUGAAUUGGAAAGUUCCUGCUAUGAAGAAUGAAGUUGAUAUGAAAAAUAGUCUCAGAUUGUGGGCACAUAAUGUUGCUUCUAUGGUUAGAUUAGAAUUGAGAUGAUGCACUUCACAUAGUUCAUGAAUAUCAUUGGAAUAGUUUGAUUUUUUACUUUUAGGAUAAUGGCAACAUUUUCUCAAAUUAUUUCUUUGU